AUGCGUUCAAUUUCCUUAUUUUGUUUUGCUUUUUUCACUGUUGUUGCCCUUGCAGCAUUUCCAUAUUAUGAUUAUAUUCAUUUAGGUGUCACAACCAUUUACGCCUAUUUUCAAGACGACAAACCUAUUGCGGUCAAAGUAGCGUGGUGGGGUUCUUUUAUUCAAUCAACCACCAAUGUUAUCCAAACAGGCAUAGAUGCAUGCGAAGCUUGUAAGGAUAAUCACGAGGACUCCGCAUCUUUAGAUUGUGCACGUGCGGUGACUAAUUUGGCCGGAACACUUGCAACUAAUUUAUUAUCAAUCUACGUUGGCUGGCAUUAUGCAGGAACACCAAAUGGCAGUUUAGAAGGUGCCGACCCAACAGCUCUCCGAAAGAGACAGCUUAGGCAAUGUGAAAGCACUAAUGGUUUGUAUGAUGUCUCUUGUGUUACGGAUUGGUUAUUUGAUCACUAUUCUCAACCAGAGUCCGGAAAAUGGUACCCAAUUGACAACUCAUUGACCAAAAGAGAUUUGACUCAACCCUCAAUUUAUUUGAAACAUAACGAAACUUCUGAAGUGUAUCACUUGAUCUUUAAUCCUUCAUCUGGAUCAACAGGAACAUUGGCGAUUGCACCAGCAAGAAUUGUGGGAAACUCCACAUUAGCAAAACGCCAAGAUCUUCCAGUGUAUUCUCCAUUGUGUACUGGAUACAUUGCUCUCGAUUUCUGUGCCAACCAGAGUAAAUGGGGAGGCUUCUAUACCAGUGGAGAACUUGAAAAUGAACUAAAUGAGAUUUUCGCAAAUGACGUUAGUGGUUCGUGGAGAGCCGAUUAUUACAAGAUGUAUACUUGCGAAGAUACUUGUGAUACGCAAGAUUGGGAAGUCUCCUUUAGACUUUACUACGCUAGUGUAGGUAAAUUCUUACAUUGGACAAAAUGUGAUACCGGUUCUUAG